AUGGGCAAACUCACGAACAAGGAGGGCAACACCAAGAUUGUUGGUGCUGCGCUCGCUGAGGUAUUGCCCGACACGGACAAAUGGUGGUGGCAGCAGCCUCACCUCCUCAGCCUCAACCUUCGCCUCAGCGUACUGCUUUUAUCCAGUUCCGUGACUGGCUACGAUGGCUCUCUCAUGAACGGACUCCAGACUCUCCCUCAAUGGGCCAGCGAUUUUGGCAACCCGGCCGGCAUCAGUCUCGGCCUCGUCAACGCCGCCAUGGUCAUCGGCUCGAUUGCCGCCAUGUUUGCCGUUUCGCAGCUCGCAGACAUCUUCGGUCGUCGGCUGCCCAUUGCCAUUGGCGCUCUGGGCACCGUCGUUGCCACUAUAAUCCAGAUCUUCUCGGUCAACUACGGCAUGUUUGUCGCGUCUAGAGGCCUGCUCGGUCUCUUCUCUGGACUCAUGAUCACGCCCAGCGCGUUGCUGAUUGCUGAGUUGUCAUACCCCACCCACCGUGGCAAGCUCACAUCGGCGUUCUUUACACUAUAUUACUCUGGUGCUAUUUUGGCCGCCUGGGUGACCUUCGGCACGCAGAAUCUUCCUGGCUCGCUGGCGUGGAAAAUUCCAACCAUUUUCCAGGGCCUCCUUCCCCUAACCCAAGUCAUCCUCCUCUGGUUCGUCCCCGAGUCGCCCCGAUGGCUCGUCGCUAAGGACAGAGUGGCCAAUGCCAGAGAUGUGCUUGCCCGUUACCAUGAUCCACGCCCUGAUAGCCAAUUGGUUGCACGCGAGAUGUCAGAAAUUGUGGAGUCGAUCCAGAUGGAACAGGAGGCGAAAAACACCAACUGGCUGUCCUUGGUAGCGACCCCAGGCAACAGGAAACGUCUCGCAAUCACCCUCCUCGUCGGGACAGGGGCUCAGCUCAAUGGUGUUGCAGUAACGAGUUACUAUCUCACCAAGGUCCUGUCAUCAGUCGGCAUUACCUCGCCCUUUGACCAGAACCUGAUCAACGGCAUGCUACAAAUCUUCAACUUUGGCGCGGCCCUUGGUGGCGCUUUCUUGGUUGACAAACUUGGCCGUCGAACAAUCUGGCUCUGGUCGACGAGCGGCAUGCUACUCUCGUACAUUGCGUGGACAGCAUGCUCAGCAGUAAACAACGAGUCUGGCAACUCGGGCGCUGGUAUCGCGGUGGUCAUAUUCAUCUUUGUGGUGUACUUCCACUACGAUAUUGCGUGGACACCUCUCUUGGUGGCGUACCCUGCCGAGAUCUGGACCUACUCCCUCCGCGCCAAGGGCAUGGCUGUUGAGUUCUUCUUCAACUCGUGCGCCCUGCUCAUUGCACAGUUUGUGAACCCCGUCGGGAUGGAGGCCCUGGGGUGGAAGUACUAUUUUGUCUUUGUGGCCAUCCUGUGCAUCCUCCUCACUCUCAUCUGGUUCCUGUUCGUCGAGACCAAGGGUUAUUCAUUGGAGGAGAUCGCUGUCAUCUUCGACGGCGAGAGGGCAGAGACAAGCCUGGCUGCAGAUAAGAGGCUCGAGGGUGUGACGGCGGAGCACAAGGAGGACGUUGCGUAGAAAAGAGGAGCGCAUCGGCUGAGACAGACUUGUGGUGUUUUCUUGUGCAUGCGUUCAAUCGCUACAACAAACU